AGUGAUAAUGGGUAAGGGACCGAAGCGGCAGAAGAAAGACAUCAGAAAUCCUAAGGAGAAAACUCGAGAUGAGUAUUUCCCGGAGAAAGAUAUGGAUGACGAAGUUGAUGCAUUUCAUAAGCAGAGGGAUGUAGUUGCGCUGGAAGUGGACGAUGAUGAGGAUUUUGGGGCAUCAGAUGGUGAUAACGAGCAACCUGUCUUUGAUUUUGAGGAUGAUGACGAUGAUGAUGAUGAUGAUGAUGAUGAUGAUGAUGAUGAUGAUGAUGCUGAUGACGAUGAUGAUACCCAACUUACUGGCUUUGCAGCAAAAAUUGCAAGGCAACAAAAGUUUUUACGGCAAAGGAUUGGUGGAGUUGAGGAUGAACUGCAUGAUGAUGUUGAAGAUGAGGAUGAAAAGAAGGCUGUAUGGGGUAGGUGGAAGGACCUGUACUAUAACGCAGAUAAUGCUGAUUAUGAGCUACAAUCAAGUGAUGAGGACCUCCCUGCGGAGGAAGAAGCAGAGGUUUUAAGAUUGCAGAAAGAGAAGGCUAAAUCUCUUUCAAUGGAAGAUUUUGGCCUCGAAGAUGCCGAGGAGGGUGAGAGUGAUUCUGAUGCUGAACCAAAAGUGCUAGAGGAUAUUUUGUUUAAAGGGAGGUCCUCAGUGAAGCCUCGUGCAAAUAAAGAAGCUGAAGAUGACACUGGGACAGCUUACGAAGAGGUCAAAAAAGACAUUAAUGCUUUAUCAAGAGAGGAACAAAUGGAUGUUGUUUAUAGUUCCGCUCCUGAGUUGGUUGGUUUGCUGUCAGAACUGAAUGAUGCUCUUGAUGAACUCGAGAGGAAAGUGAAUCCACUUCUAACCAAGGUAGAAGAGAGUAAAACCACUGGAAGAGGAGGUCUGCAGUAUUUGAAGACAAAACAGCUUCUAUUGUUGACUUAUUGCCAAUCUAUUGGUUUUUAUCUUCUUCUCAAGUCUGAGGGCCACCCAGUUCGUGAUCAUCCAGUCAUUGCUCGCCUUGUAGAGAUCAAGAGUUUGUUGGAGAAGGUGAAACAGCUUGAUGGGAAUCUUCCUCCUGAAAUUGAAAAGAUUCUCAAUAAAUCUGGUGGGAUGGACUCAGGAGCAAAGGUCAUGGAAGAUGUCGUAUUGACAUCUAAACCCUCCACCGCAGAUCACAAAUUAUCUUCCACCUCAUCGGCUGAAAACCAUGUAGCUAUGCCACAUGAAACAACUGCACUGGUAGGGGAAGGCUUUUUUAAGGACCAUGUCAACAAAGGAGAGAAACGCAAGCGUCAGAAUGAUCAAGUUGCUGUGCAAAGCAUAGAGAUGUUGAAAAUAAGAGCGAGACUUGAAGAAAAGCUGAAGCAGAAAGGUGUUUUUAAGUCUGUAGCACCAAAGCCAGAUAGAUCUAAAGAACAUCUUGUGCAACCAGUGAACAGGAAGCUUGAAACAUUAGAUGAUUUUGAUGAUGAGGUUAUCGAUAAGGAGGCUGGAGCACAUGGUUUGAAUGAUGGACAUGCAAGUUUGGCGCGCUCAAUGUCACAACUUGUUACUGCAAAUGUGAAUAAAUCCAAGGUUGUUUCUGGUGAUGAUGAUGUACCUAAGAGGGAUGAUAUUGGAGAAAGACGAAGGAAGCAUGAACUCCUAGUUCUUGCAAGAGCCGGGGUUGACUUAAUGGAUGAUGAUGAUCUCAAAGAUCAGGAGGAUGACCAAGCUGAGUUGGAUGCUAAUUCUGAUGAUGGUCGUGAAGGAGGGCAAUCAGAAGAGUCAGAAGAUGAAUAUUAUAAACAAGUGAAACAGCAACGGUCUGCAAAACUUUCUGCCAAAGCUGAGCUGUAUUCAAGAGCUCCAAAAUUCCCAUCGUUGCCAGAAACAGAAGUUGUAGAUGGUAAACGUCAUAUUACCUAUCAGAUGGAAAAGAAUCGAGGACUCACUCGUGCUCGGAAGAAGCUUACCAAGAACCCAAGGAAGAAAUACAGGUUGAAGCAUAAGGAUGCAGUUGUGCGUAGGAAAGGGCAGGUGAGGGAGGUCAAAAAGCCAAGUGGCCCUUAUGGUGGGGAGGUAUCUGGUAUCAAUGCUGGAAUCAGUCGGAGCAUCAGAUUCAAGAACUAACUGCCCUCAAGAGUUUUUUUUUUUUUGUGGGGGGUUACAACCA